AGCGUAUUCGUAGAGUCCCCCUGCUCUGUUGUUGUUGCCUUCUGUAGGUGAAGGAGCCAGCGGGGACUUCAGAGAACUGCAAGUCCCAGAGAUCUCGGCAUCAGUGAACCUGGAACCAGCGCUUGAAUAACAUGGCAGCGCCGAGCAGCAACACAUGCGGGGCUAUGGAGCGGUCUGUCCGGGAGCGGGUCCCUCCGCUGCUCACGGACCUGUACCAGUUCACCAUGGCGUACGCGUACUGGCGGGCCGGCCGGCACCAGGAGCCCGCCGUGUUCGAGCUUUUCUUCAGGGACAACCCGUUCGGCGGCGGCUUCUCGCUGUUCGCCGGGCUGCACGACUGCAUGCUGUUCCUGCGCAGCUUCAGAUUCACAGACGAAGAUGUUGAGUUCCUGCGCUCCGUGCUGCCCCCGGUGACAGACCCCGCAUUCUUCAAGUUCCUGCGGGAGCUGGACUGCUCGGCUGUCACUCUCCGCUCUGUCCCGGAGGGCACUGUGGUGUUCGCCAGGGUGCCUCUGAUGGAGGUGUCGGGACCGCUGGCUGUGGUUCAGCUGCUGGAGACCAGUUUACUGUGUCUGGUGAACUACGCCAGUCUGGUGUGCAGUAACGCAGCCCGCUUCCGCCUGGCAGCCGGCCCCGAGAGGAAGCUGCUUGAGAUGGGCCUCAGGAGGGCUCAGGGACCAGAUGGAGGUCUGACCGCCUCACGGUACACAUACAUCGGAGGGUUUGAUCUAACCAGUAACGUUCAGGCUGGUUUCCUGUUUGGGAUCCCUGUUGCAGGGACCAUGGCGCACUCAUAUGUCACCUCUUUCACCUCCCUGGAGGAGGUCUGGCCACAAACUCUUGUGGCAGUGAACGGGGAUCCCGAUCCGGUGGACAUCAUCUCACUGACGAAGGGCUGGUUGAGUCGUGUGUGCGAGCUUCUGGAAGCGCAGCCUGGGAAGAUCCGUGAGGGCGAGUUGGCUGCGUUUUUGUCCUACGCCAUCGCCUACCCUCAGAACUUCCUCCCUGUGAUCGACAGCUACAGUGUCGGCUGCAGUGGUCUGUUGAACUUCUGUGCCGUGGCCUUGGCUCUGUGUGAGCUGGGCUACCAGCCUGUCGGCGUUCGUCUGGACAGCGGCGACCUCUGCAGGCAGUCGGUGGAUGUCCGUCGUGUCUUCAGACUCUGCAGCGAGCAUUUCUCAAUCCCCGCCUUUGAUUCACUCACCAUCGUUGGGACCAAUAACAUCUCAGAGGAAAGCAUGGCUGAGCUCAAUAAGAAGGAGAAUGAGAUCAGCGUGGUCGGUGUUGGAACACAUUUAGUCACCUGCACCAAACAGCCCUCACUGGGAUGUGUGUAUAAGCUGGUGGAGGUGAGGGGGAAUCCCAGGAUGAAGAUCAGCGAGGACCCAGAGAAAAGCACCGUCCCAGGGAGGAAAUCUGUCUACAGGCUCAUAGACGCUGAGGGCCAUCCGUUCCUGGACCUGGUGAGUCUGGCUGUGGAGUCUCCUCCAGAGGCUGGAGUUCCUCUGAGCUGUUACCCUCUGGCCUGUGAUAAGUCCUCCGUCUCAGUCACUCCAGCUCAGGUCACGUGUCUGCGUCAGGAGGCGUACUCAAAGGGACAGGUCACACACCCUCCGUGCAGUGCUGCAGAAACUAGAGCAAAGGUCCAGAGCUCCCUCCAGACUCUGCACCCUCGACACAAGAAGCUGCAGAAGCCCGACUCUUACACAGUGGCGCUAUCAAAGCAGCUACACAACCUGGUCACAGAGAUUCGAAGAGGAAGUACCAACAACAGCAACUUUCUCUUAGCCAACUAAACAUCAUUCUACAAAGCUGUUUCUCUUUUUAACUUGAACCUUUUCCAAAGUGCCUCAAACACAAAGUCUGUUUGUAGUUUGUAGUGAUAAUAAUAAUAAUAAUAAUAAUAAUACAUUUUAUUUAUAAGCGCCUUUCAAGACACGCAAGGACACUGUACAACAAUCAACAUUUUAAAAACAGCGAUGGAUUAAAAAAAAAAAAAAAAAAAAAAAACAGCAUACAAUAAAGAAAUGAAAUGUGAUAACAGUGUUAACAGUGUCCGUCCCACCAUCCUGUAUCUUGUGUUCAGAGCUAAUGUCCAUACAUGAAGAGGGUUUAAAAACACAGAAAUCUACAAGGAACCCAGUGGGGUCACUCAAGAGAAAACACCUUUUCCUAACCUCAUCAUCAUGGACUUCAUUCUGCUGGAAACUCUGGUUUUUGAUGGCUCGACAAAAGACACUGCCCAACAUUUUAAACUGAUGAACAGUCAGUCACGCUCGCUAUAUCAACGAUGUGGAAAUCUAAAGAAGUUAUUAAAUGGAACCAACCUUAUUUGUUUUCUCUACUUUUGUUUGUUUUGAGUGAUUGAGAAAAAACAAGAUUGGCUGAAAACACAACAGAAUUUUAAACCGCUAAUUAUCUGUAACUGUAGUUUUAAGGGUCACAUAUUGUGCAGAAUACACUUCACCAUGUUCCUCUAACACUAACAUGUGUCCCUAGUCAGUCUACAAACCCCCCAAUGAUGAGAAAAGUCCAUCCUCUCCGUCUUUUGCCUGCCCCACUUUUCAGAAAAUGUGUGCUCAAACAGGCCGUUUGGAGAUUUUCCCUUCAUGACAUCACAAAGGGCAGUAGCCCCUCCCCCAGGUGGGUGACACUCCCACAGCUAGGUGUUUGUUCUGCCCUCUGUGUCUGCCGUCUCACCGUAAACAAUAGGACAUGGAGCGAGAAAGACCGAGUACACCCAAGGCCUUCCAGAGAGGGGGCGUGGUCAGACACAGCUCAUUUACAUUUAAAGGUACAGACACAGAAACAGCCUGUUCUGAGCAGGGCUGAAAUAGAGGAGUUUAUAGGCGUGAUCAAAUACAGGAUCAAAGUGGAUUUAGAACAAGACACUUCACACAUGUUUUAGGGAGCUCUGAGAUGUAUUUACACUGGUUGAAGAGGAGGAGGUUAUGUGACCUUUAAUACUCUAAUGUAUACUAACAACAAUCUAACCAUAAGAACGUCAUGAUUGUAAAUGCUGUAAACAAAAGGUUAACACCACUGUUGACAGGAAAAGGUGACUCUUGAAAUUGGAGAGCGAUUUUUUCCAAAUAAAAUUUAAUAAACAUGUUAAUUAGA